AUGAGCAUUAAAAAGACUCGAGUUAUUUUUGUAGAAAAAUUGUUUCAGAACAAGGAUUCCUAUGUUAUACCUAGAAAACCGAAUAUAGAUUUUAAACUGUUAACAUUUUAUUUAAAAGCUGGGAAAUUUUUUGGAGCUACAUAUUACUUUAUGAGGAGAAAAAGAAGGAAUAACAAAUGCAACGAGUUCCGUUUUAAAAUCGUCGGUGUUAUUUUAAGUAUAUUGGCAAUUAUGUGUUAUCUCAUUUCCCAAGGAAAAUACGUUCGUACGAAACAUCCUGCGAUGAUUGCUGUAGAUGUUAUAUGGAGAAUAUCAUCGACAAUAUUCCUAUUGUAUUACAUUUUUUCGUUAUUGUUUUCAAGAAAGAAAUAUUGGCUAAAGCUUUACGACAAAAUGUUUGCACUCGAAAACAUUUUGAACACAUGCGAAACGUUCGAGAGAAAUCACUGGUGGCUAAUAAGCUUGAAAAUCGCUGUGAUUUGUUUUUUCAUACCCGUACUUGGACUAGGCUGGUAUGUGUCAAACUUCAUCAGCAAAGGAAACGUAGUUAAAGCUUUGGUUUUUCUAAGGUCUGCCAACAUCGUAUACAAGAUUCUUAUUUCAUUAUAUUAUGUUCUCUUAGCGAAUUGGUUAGAAUAUCGCUACAAAUCGAUGGCAGAAUAUUUGAAAUUGGUAGUUGAUAAAUACUACAAGUUCGUCGUUAUAAGAAAAAUCGCUGUUUCAUUGAAAUUGGCAGACAGCAUUGUGAAAAUAACGAACAAUUUGUAUGGAGGAAUAUUGUUUUUAAAUUUCAUUGUUAGUAUCGUCCAGAUAUUGGUUAAUAUUUCGGCUGCAUUGGAUUAUUCGGAUGCAGGAACUAGAGAAGUCGUGUUAUUUUGUAUGUCAUCUGUAUGCAAUUUAAUUGUUAUGGUGCUGGUUACGAUGUCCUGUGACGCUGUAGAUAAAGCUAGUAAUCAGUUGUCAAAAACAUGCUACUGGUUACACGAAAUCAUCGAUGACCAAGAAGUAAAAAAUAAAUUACUUGUGUUAGUCAAAUACGAAGAAGAAUGGCGUCCGAUUUUUUCUGCUGGUGGAUUUUUUAACGUCAACCAAUCAUGUCUGACAACAUUUUUCUCAUCUAUUAUUACGUAUUUGGUUCUUAUUGUGCAGUACAAUAUGGGCAAUAAUUGA